UGCACUAGUGCAUAUACUAAAAAGGGGAAUUUCAAGUUCCGCAAAUCUAAGACGAUUGAUGUUCUUUUAUGUAAACCAAACUGGUUGUCAAGGAGCAGUUGUUUGAGCCAGUUGGCGGAAGAACUUCCGUCCCACGAACCGCGGUAUAUUUUGGUGACGUAUCAUUAUGAGAAAUCUGAUGGGCGUGUUGUGUACCCUUAUUGUAUGAUUUUUUCUACUCCCGAAGGUAAUUGUGAGGCUGUCUUAAUCAGUAUGCGUUCAUAUUUAACUUACAAAUCUGUUUGUUUGAACGUUGUCAGAAUACGUUUAUACUUAUCAUUUUUGUAA